GCAGUUUGUGCCAUAUUGGAAUGAGGUCGUGAACGACUAGGCGGAAAGAGACGGCAUCUAAAACCGACUUGAAAAACUAUUUACUGACCUGGGCAGCAGGAGGAGCCAACAUGAGUCAUGAGUUGCUGGAGUCUGACGGGGAUUCUAGUCAGGAUGUGUCUGACUUCAACUGGGAUGAGUACCUGGAGGAGAACGAGGCCGUGUCUGUGCCCCACCAUGCCUUCAAACAUGUGGAUCAGGGCCUGCAGACGGGCCUGACUCCAGGUAUGAAGCUGGAGGUGUGUGUGCGUUCGGAGAGCGACCAGCCUUACUGGGUGGCCACCAUAAUCACCACAUGUGGUCAGCUGCUGCUCCUGCGCUAUGAGGGCUACCAGGACGACCGCCGGGCCGACUUCUGGUGUGACAUCAUGACGGCAGACCUCCACCCACUGGGCUGGAGCAGGGAGCAGGGCAAACCCAUGAGGCCCCCUGAGGGUGUGAGAGAGAAGCAGCCAGACUGGGAGGGUGUCCUGGAGAAAGCCCUGGCUGAGAAGUGCACUGCCCCAGCCAACCUGUUAGAAGGGCCCCAGCGUGGAAAGGACCCGGUGGACCUGCUCUGCCCAGGCUGCAGCGUGGAGCUCCAGGACGGCACUGACCCCGCGGUUGCUUGGGGCGCUGAGGUGGAGGAGAACGUGGGUGGCAGGCUGAGACUACGCCUGGCGGGCACAGAGGGGCUCUCUCUCCACCCUCACUCCACGCGCUGGGUCUACUACCUGCACCCCUGCCUGCACCCACCUGGCUGGGCCAAGAAGCAUGGCCACGCCCUAAGGCCUCCUUCAGCCUUGGUCAGCCUGCACACAGAGGAGGAGUGGGAUGAGGUCAGGCAGAGGAUCAUCGGGCAGUCUGAUGAUAAUGCCCUCUCGGAUGAGUUCUCCAAGGACCGGCCUGCCAUAGCUGCCCACUGCUUCGCUGAGGGGAUGAAACUGGAAGCUGUUGACCCCGCGUCCCCUUUCUGCAUCAGUCCUGCCACCGUUACCAAGGUGUUCAGUGACCAGUACUUCCUGGUAAAGAUGGAUGAUCUCCGCGGUGAUGAUUCAGCGUCAGAGGGCGGCGGGCGGUCCUUCUUGUGCCACAGGGACAGUCCUGGGAUAUUUCCUGCCCAAUGGAGCCUGAAGAACGGCCUCUCGCUAAGCCCCCCUCCAGGGUACCAGGGGCAGGACUUUGACUGGGCCGACUAUCUGAAACAGUGUGAGGCUGAGGCAGCUCCCCAGAACUGCUUCCCUACCGAACAGUCUGACCACAGCUUCAAAGUGGCCAUGAAUCUGGAGGCCGUCAACCCACUUUCACCUGAGCACAUUCACGUGGCAACAGUAACCAAGGUCAAAGGGCAACAUAUCUGGCUGAGCCUGGAAGGGCUGAAACAGGCUAUGCCAGAGCUGAUAGUUCAUGUCGACUCGUUGGACAUAUUCCCUGUCAGCUGGUGUGAAACGAAUGGUUACCCCCUGCUGUACCCCAUCAAGCCCAAAGUUGAGAAGCAGAGGAAGGUUGCUGUGGUGCAGCCUGAGAAACAACAAGCACCACCCAAAUCUUCAUCUCCUGAUGCACUCAAGCAGCAGAUUUCCAGCCAAUCAGAAACUGGGCAAGGGAACGGAAAGUACUGCUGUCCCAAGAUAUACUUCAACCAUCGCUGCUUUUCUGGCCCCUACCUGAACAAGGGCCGCAUUGCUGAGCUACCCCAGUGUGUCGGUCCUGGCAACUGUGUCUUAGUGCUCAAAGAGGUGUUGACUCUGCUGAUCAACUCAGCCUACAAGCCCAGCCGGGUGCUCAGAGAGCUGCAGCUGGACCAGGAGGGCCGCUGGCAUGGCCAUGGAGAGACACUCAAAGCCAAGUACAAGGGGAAGAGUUACCGGGCUACAGUGGAGAUUGUGCGUACGGCAGAUCGUGUGGCUGAGUUCUGUAGGAAGACUUGCAUCAAGCUGGAAUGCUGCCCCAACCUGUUUGGACCGCGCAUGGUGCUGGAACGCUGCUCAGAGAACUGCUCUGUGCUCACUAAGACCAAAUACACUUAUUACUAUGGUAAGAAGAAGAGUAGGCGAGUAGGCCGCCCUCCAGGGGGGCACUCUAACCUGGAAGGAGGGGUGAAGAGGAGAGGAAGGAGGAGGAAGAGGCGGAAACAACUCUUCGUCCAUAAGAAGAGACGCUCCUCAGCCUCACUGGACAACACCCCUGCCGGUUCACCUCAGGGCAGUGGAGAAGAGGAGGAUCUGGAUGAUGAAGACUCUCUGAGUGACGACACUGGCUCUGAGCUCCAGGAUGAUCAGGAUGAUUCUGAAUAUUCAGUUGGGAAGUCCCAACCACCCACCCCAUCCCCCUCACCUCCCACAACGCCCAGGCCGACCCGAAAGCGCAGGAAACCUCGCUCACCAUCCUACUCUGAUGAUGAGAACCAUCCACCUUCACCAAAGAGCUUGAGAGCCGAGGUUCCCCAGAAGCUUUGCUUGGACACCAGUCCCCUGGAGUGGACUGUGACCGAUGUAGUACGUUUCAUUAGGACCACGGACUGUGCUCCCCUGGCACGCAUUUUCAUGGAUCAGGAGAUUGAUGGACAGGCUCUUCUCCUGCUCAACCUGCCCACAGUGCAAGAGUGUAUGGACCUGAAACUGGGACCAGCCAUAAAGCUUUGUCACCAUAUCGAGAGGGUCAAACUGGCAUUCUACCAACAAUUUGCGACAUAGCGGAGGGUUCGAAACUAAGACAAACAUUACAUGCAGUCAGUAAGAUGGAGUGACUCUAUAACUGAUUUAACAAUGGACUUCCGUAUGACCUGGAACCCAGCACAGCAGCAACAGUCAUGCAUGGACUUCAGAUGGAUCAAGACUUUUUGUUAUUUCCUGUUUUGUUUUUUUGGUUGUUGUUGCUAUUUCUACUGUAUGGUCAGAGAGUUUUGGCUCGCUGUAUACACCUCAAUGUGACCCAAAGUCUCAAAUGAAACCUGGUUUCAUUUAAUGAAAGUGUGGACAUGGAUCUAAGCACAAAGACAAACAAACCAUGGACUGUAUUGUGGUAUUUAAACUGUACAUAGAAAGGUGUAUUUGUAUAUAGUGUACUUUAAAAGCUCUUCUAGUGCAACAGGGUGAUUAAUGGUUAUAGCUUGAUUUUCUAAGAAAAAAAUAUUUGAAAGUGUCUGUACAAAGGCAUUUCAAAGGGUAGACAAAUUUGAGAUUGGAAAAAGCCUAAAGAAAGCACUAUCUACUGUUUGACAGCCUUUUCGUCAUAUUUGAGAGGGAUUUGAAUUUAAUUAUAUUAAAAACAUCAGGGCCUAAUAAAAGCAUUUGGAUGUGUUUUUGAGAUAAUUCUAAUCAUUUGAUGGUUUUCCUUUUGUAUUACUACUUUUGGUGGACUACUGGAUAUUGUGUGGUGUUUUAUUUUCGUGAGCCAACUGUGUUUCCGUUUUAGUUUACCUCGUAAAGCGGUCUCUACCACCUUUACAUUGGAAAAACGAUGAAAUUGAUUAAUUUGAUUUUUUAUCUAUGGUUGUUUAACAUAAUUGCCAUUUAAAGAAUAUGGAAUAAAAGCCUGAAUCUCAUCCCUAGAUCGUU